AUGAGUUACUACAACAGCUACUACGGAGGCCUGGGCUAUGGCUAUGGAGGCUUUGGGCGCCUGGGCUAUGGCUAUGGCUGUGGAUGUGGCAGUUACCACAGACUGGGCUCUGGCUAUGGCUUUGGUGGCUAUGGGUAUGGCUCCGGCUUUGGAGGCUACGGAUUUGGCUCUGGCUAUGGAGGCUACGGAUUUGGCUCUGGCUAUGGAGGCUAUGGAUAUGGCUGCUGCCGCCCAUCAUGCUAUGGAAGAUAUGUGUUCUCCAGCUUCUACUGA